AUGACAAAGUCCUGCACUCUCUGUUCAAAACCCCGUGACGUCCUUGUGCGCUGUCAGAUCGACGAGUCGCAGAAAUGGCAUUUCGUCUGCCCUGGUACAUGCUGGAAAUCAGUUUCUGGUGGCGUUGAGGAUGCAAAGGGCAUGCAAGAGGAAUACCCAUAUUACCGAUAUGGCGGAAUGUGGAAAGAUAGAAGUGCCGACGGGCCGGUUAGCGCAAAGAAGCCGAAGAAAGUCAAGGAGAGGCAGCAAGAGGAGAUGAAGGCGAGGGAGGGAAGCACUCCGAUGUCUUCCGGGAUAGAGAAGUAA